AUGGCUUCUCCAAAUCCUGACCAGCAACAACCCUCUGCUAUCCCCCCACCGCCGUCCAGACUCCCACCUCCAACUGGAAACCUUGUCUAUGACUCUUUUCAAAGCGCCCGACAUGUGACGGAACUACCUUGCGCGCGGAAUAGUUUGUUGUAUGGGAUUGCUGGUGGGGUUGGGAUUGGGGUCGUGAGAGGGUUGUCUGCUCCACCUAUGGUUGCGGGUCACUGGGCAGUUGGGACAUUUGCGCUUAUCUCUCUGGGUUCUUGGCAUUUAUGUCAGAAACAGUUCCGGGAUGAGAGGAGGAGGAUCGAGCAGAUUAUUGAAAGUAUGCCUCCGAGGAAGGUGAAGCAGGAUGGUGCGGGUGAGGCUGGUACAGGAUCGACGUCAACUUCUUCGGCGUGA